AUGGGUAGUAAAAGACGCAAAAUACGACCUUUGUGGAUGGCCCACUUUCAAAAUGCAGAAGCAUGCCUUAACAAAAUCCUUGAGGGACUUAACGACCUUGGACCCAAUGCGAUCGCAACACCCGAGAUUCGCAAAUUGACCGGCAUAGAGUUCAAUGAGUUUGAUAUCGAAUCUGGGGCUAUAAAUAACGGUUCAUCGUUUUUCAAGCCCCGUCUCGAUUUCACCUGCAAGAUUUCCAACACUGGAAGAAAUCCCGACAAUAUAGGAGAAGACGAAUUCACCAGUUGUCGGCGCCUAAGGAAUCUCGGAAUUAAUCGCAACAGUGGGCUUCAGAUGGAUGCUGCUUUCGCGUUCAAGAGUUACGCCGAGGAUCUAGCUGAUGUCUAUCAGUUUCGUGAAGAGUGGAAGCCCAUUUCACAAGGAUCCCACUCGAAGGGUCAGUUUAAAUCUAGUCGGAAUAGUCGUCAUGGCUUUGAUGUCUUUCAAGGAUUGCAAGUCGCGAGUACUCGCCAGUGUCACCGGAGUGUCUGGAUGGCAUCUCAUAAUACAACAGAUGUGAAUUGGCCAUCUGUUUCCGAGCUCAUUGUGCUUACACUUGUAAUUUCAUCUGAACCCCGAGCGCGGGCUCGUGUGUUGUAUGGCUAUUUCGACGGCAAACUCAGAGUACAAUUCAGCAAGGCCCAAGAACUCGAUACCCCGUCAUACAUUGAGGCGAUGAAUACCCUUUUAGAAUGGGCUUGGCCACGAACUCGGCAAUCCACUAGAAUGAUCCUACCAGCGCUGCCUACAAUCGUCGAGAGUGAUAAAUAUCGCGAUGAAGAAAGUGGUGAAAAAAGAGAGGUUGAUUUAAGUGUAAUGUCAAAGGUCUCGGGCAUUGUGACGCAGAAAACACUGUCACUUCUCAAGAAGGGGAAGAGCUACUUCCGAGCAAAGGGGGCAGAAUAA